AUGUUGUUAAGAAGAUCCAUAAUGCUUUUUAGUCCUUGUCUAAAAUCAAAUGCAAGAUUUUUGAUCUAAAGGCCAAGAUAUUAUUUUGGAGAUCAGAGAAAAGAAAAUCCAUUGAGUGAUUUAGAAUAAAAACCUCCCCUUACGAAGGAUGAAGUCAAAGAAACUUUAAAGGGUUAAGAGCCUGAAGAAGAGGAAGACAUUUCUAAGAGAUCUAAUGUGCUUCUAUAUUCAUUUGGUGCCAUAGGAUUAAUGUUGGGAUAUGUGUUUAUGCAAAUAACUCAAAUGGGAUAUUAAAAUAAAUCUAAACCUGUAGAAAUGACAGUCAAACACAAAGGGAAGGCAUAAAUAGGCGGACCAUGGAAAUUAUUGACUACAGAUGGAAGAGUUAUGACAGAUUAGGACUUAAAAGGAUCAUAUUAUAUGAUAUAUUUUGGAUUUUGUAAUUGCCCGGAUAUUUGUCCUGCAUCACUUCUAAAACUCUCAAAGGCAUUAUAAAGGAUUAGAUAGUUACCAGAGGGAAAACUUUUUAAUUUAAAAACUAUAUUUGUAUCAGUUGACCCUGAUAGAGAUUCAGGAGAGAGAGUUGACAGAUUCCUAUCUCAUUUUGAUAAGAGUAUAAUAGGAUUAAGGGGAAGAUCAAAUGAUGACCCUGAACUAAAAGAGGCAAUGAGAAAUUUUAAAAUUUAUGCAUCGAAAAUCAAAUUCUAAUAAGAAGAUGAAAAGACAAAAUAGACUACAGAUUAAUAUACAAUUGAUCAUACAAUCAUAACUUACUUAAUGGAUAGUGAGAAUAAUUAUGUGACACAUCUUGGAUCAAAUUUGGGGGAAUUUGAUUUGGCAAGAAUAAUUGUGGAAAAGAUUCUAGAAAAUGAGAGAGAAAAAAUGUAAAAUUGAUAUUAAAUUUAUCUAAGUAUUAAGCAUCAAAGAGUAAAUAUAUUUGGUUUA